AUGCCUCGUGAACGUCUCACUACAGAACGUGUGUUGGCAGAGUUUGAACGCGUGAUACAGUCCAAUCGCCAUUUUCAUCUCAACGAUAGUGUGGAUGUUAAUGUUGUUCAUGUGGAAAUGCCCCAUGGUGGUACAGGUACGAAGCGAGCUGAGAUUAAUUUGGAGAAGCAUUUAACGAAGAAACGCUCGAUCAUACGGAUCCAGAACAAUGAUCAACUUUGUUUGGCGAGGGCCCUGGUCGUCGCGAAAGCCAGAAUUGAGAAUGAUCCACAGUAUACGAGCAUUGUUAAUCAUCGCAGGGCUAUGCAAACCCGUUUGGCUCGUGAAUUACACCAGAAUGCUGCCGUUCCUUUGGGUCCUUGCGGUUUGGAUGAAGUCAAGCAGUUUCAGACGUACCUUUCCAAUUACCAGAUCAAUAUUGUGUCCAAAGAUCAUCAGAACGCUCUUAUUUAUACUGGCCCCGAUCAGGAGGAGAGGAUUUAUCUCUAUCUUCAUGAUAAUCAUUACGACGUUAUUACCAGAAUGCCGGGGUUUUUCGCUCGUAAAAAGUAUUGCCAUACAUGCAAGAAAGCUUAUGAUCAUCGAGAAGAUCACCUAUGCCCGAAUGCCUGUAAAUGUUGUCGUUUUCCCGACUGUCCCAUCGAGUCUUGGGUUCACUGCAAUGAUUGUAACCGGAUGUUCAAAAGUCAAGCGUGUUUCGAUCGGCAUAAACAGUCAAGCGGAAAAUCGAUCUGUGCGACGAUGAUUAAAUGUCCUGACUGUCAUAGACUUAUCAAACGUUAUAAAAGAGAUUCGCAUCAUUGUGGCAUGACAAAAUGCUUAAUAUGUAAAGAGUACACUCGACCCGGCGACCAUCGGUGUUACAUGCAGCCCGUGGGAAAACGAAACGAAGGUUUAUCGGACAGUGACGAUUCGUCUGAGCACCCUGAGGAUGAUGUUACGGAAGGCGGGUAUGACCAGAUGUUAUUCUUUGAUUUCGAGUGUCGUCAGGAAAAUGGAAAUCAUGAACCCAAUUUAUGUGUGAUUCAGAACGAAGCCG